GGGUGAGCCGAUGCUUAAGCAUCCAUCGAUUGGCUUCUCUUGCAAGCGUCGAAGCAGAUACCUUUUGGACUUAAGCGUUGGCCAUGGCCCGUCACUUCGUUCUCAAUACCGGCGCCAAGAUCCCGUCGGUCGGCCUCGGCACCUGGCAGGCCGAGCCCGGCGUCGUCGGCGACGCCAUCUACCUCGCCGUCAAGGCUGGCUAUCGGCACAUCGAUUGCGCUCAAAUCUACGGGAAUGAAAAGGAGAUUGGGUUCGCUCUGAAGAAGGUUUUUGACGAGGGCAUAGUCAGUCGGAAAGAUCUUUUCAUCACCUCCAAGCUAUGGAACUCUAGCCACGCGCCUGAGGACGUCCCGGUUGCACUGGACAUCACACUCCAAGACCUGCAAACGGACUACGUGGAUCUCUACCUUGUACACUGGCCUAUACGGCUGAAGAAAGGCUCCCGCUUCGGCCCAGAAAACGUUAUCCCGUCCGACAUACCGGCGACGUGGGCGGCGAUGGAGAGCCUCUACGACUCCGGCAAGGCCCGAGCCAUCGGCGUCAGCAACUUCUCCACCACGAAGCUGGAGGACCUGCUCGCCAUCGCGCGCGUGCCGCCGGCCGCGAACCAGGUGGAGUGCCACCCCGUCUGGCAGCAGGCCAAGCUCCGGGACCUCUGCUCCUCCAAAGGGAUACACCUCUCGGCCUAUUCGCCGUUGGGCUCGCCGGCGAUGUUCAAGGCGGGCAACGUGCUGCAGCACCCGGUGGUGGUGUCGACGGCGGAGAAGCUGGGGAAGACGCCGGCGCAGGUGGCGCUGCGGUGGGGGAUCCAAACGGGGUACAGCGUGCUCCCAAAGAGCACCAACGAGGAGAGGAUCAGGGCCAACCUCGACAUCUACGACUGGUCCAUCCCCAGCGACCUCUUCGCCAGCUUCUCUGAAAUCGAACAGGUGAAGCUGGUCCGAGGGGCGUUCUGGACACACCCGGAAGGCUUGCUCAAAUCCGUCGAAGAGGUUUGGGAUGGGGAAAUAGUCUAAACUACUUCGUCUGGGAAGUGUGUGACCUGACUGUACCUUGGCUAGACGCAUACACCAGAACGUUGCUAGGGCACAGAAUAACGAGUGUGUUCUCGGUGCACUGCUGGUCUGCUGCCCUUCCUCCAUUUUAGGCAGUCGAGUGAGCUUGAGCUUCACCGCUGUCACAAUGUAGUAAUUUGCAAAAGUGACUUAGUUAAGUCCUGAAUCACUAUUCUAAGGUGGACACGUGGCUCGUUUCAA